CCGCGUCUUGUGUCUUUCGAUCUUUCCCAUCGCAAAAGUCGAGAUUAGUUGUGUCCCUUGUUGCUACCCGUCCGUUUCUUACGAAUCCUCCUGCUUAGAAAUGGCUGAAGCUCCGCCACGGCCCUGCCGGUUUUUUUGUCACCGGUGUUCAGCAGAAAUUAGUCCGCGUUUACCGGACUACACCUGUCCACGCUGUGAAUCUGGUUUUAUUGAGGAACUGGCUGAGGAAAGAAGUACUGAAAAUGGGUCCGCAUCCACGUCCUCCUUCAGUGAUCAGAACCGCCCAGCCUUUGAGAGCAUGGAUCACCAACACUUGUUCACAUUUCCCUCGGGGUACGGUCCGUUCGCCCUCGGGAUUUUUGAUGAGAACUUCGACCUUCGAACGCAGCUCCCCACAGAAGACAACCGAGAGACAGCAGCCGAAAACAGGAGAGAAAGGGAAAUGGCAUCACGGCAAAGAUACAGUGCCCGGCAACCGCGCGGUCGACAUGUUCCUCGACGACAGGGUACGCGCCACGAAGGAGUGCCCACUUUAGAAGGAAUCAUCCAGCAGCUAGUAAAUGGAAUCAUAGCACCUACAGCCAUGCCAAAUAUGGGGAUGGGACCAUGGGGUAUGCUACAUUCCAAUCCCAUGGACUACGCCUGGGGUGCCAAUGGUCUUGAUGCUAUCAUUACACAGUUAUUGAACCAGUUUGAAAACACAGGUCCCCCUCCUGCAGACAGAGAAAGAAUAAAGAGUUUACCCACCGUUACCAUUACAGAGGAACAUGUGGGUGCUGGUUUAGAGUGUCCUGUGUGCAAAGAAGACUACAGCGUUCAGGAGAAUGUUAGACAACUGCCGUGCAAUCAUUUGUUUCACAAUGACUGUAUAGUACCGUGGCUGGAACAGCACGACACGUGUCCUGUGUGCAGGAAGAGUCUUAGCGGUCAGAACACGGCCACAGACCCACCGGGGUUAUCAGGAAUGAACUUCUCUCCCUCGUCCUCAUCCUCUUCCUCCCCCAGCUCACCUAGCAACGAGAAUGCUGCCAGAAACUCGUAGAAUGUCACCGUCGCCUCACAACGUACGUCAAACCCAACGUCUCCGAGCUGAAACCAGUCAAACUGUCUCAAUUCGCAAACCUCUGAAACUCUGACUCUGUUGCAGACUUUCACUUAUCAUUCCUCCCCCCCGUACUGAACGGACACCGGGUCCAGCUCCUGCUGCUAUUGUUGCCGAGUAGUUGAGAAGGUGGGGCUGGGCGGAGUUGGAGGAUCCAGAAAGGCUUUGAAUAAUAAUAAUAAUAAUAAUAACAAAAGUGGUAUUGUGACCAGAACUGGAGCAGAGUUCAAGCCGGAGUGGACUGCUUUUUGAUGGAGACAUGUCUUUGCCUUGAGGCUGAGGCACAUUUUAUAUUGAAAAAGAUAGAAUGCUCUUUUUUUUUUUUUUUUUUUUGUAAACAUAGCCUGUGGAGGUGCAGAGUCCAUAGAUGUGUAGAUAGAUAAUUAAAUUAAUGGUCGGCCACUGUACUGCUAGGGGGUCAAACCGACACCUUGUGUGAAGGGAACUGGGUGUACGCAUCUGAUUCUUAUUUAUUUGCACUUUUGUUUUUAUUUUGCACAAAAUUAUGUCCGAUGUUGAGAAUGUGAAUUAAGGUAAACUACCGAACAAAACCAAGACGUUUUUUCACAUUUUUAUUUUAUGACUUGUGUUUGGUUUUUUUAUUAGAUUCUCUCUUCAUUAGAGCGUGAUCCAGUACAUUUGGUGCAUCUUGACAAGGUAAAGAUCCUCACAGCUCAACCGUGGACACAUUCUCUACUUAUUUAUUGAACCCUCGCCCAAAACACAAAUUGAGCAAUGCAAAAAAAAAAAAAAAAAAAGAAAAGAAAAAAAGGCAUGGGAACAUUUUACCCUCUAAAAACUGGCCAAAUGUGUUGCACAAAACAAGUGUUUAUUAUUUUAUUUACUGGGUUUUUGUACAGUCACAAUAAAGUGGUAAAACAAA